AUGCUUGAGCCCUUUGCCGCCUUUGCCUUGGAGCUGGACAGGCUGGUGCCUGCGACUGGUCGAUGCCCGCAAGGGCGGCCACGGCGGCCACGGGAUCGACGGGAUCCACGGGAUCUACGGGCGCCUUGGGCGGCACCCUGCGAUGCCAUCGGACGCAUCGGACGCUGCUCCGCGGUGAUGGCGGCAUCCCUGGCGUACACGACGAAGGGGCGUCGGAAGCACGGACAAAGGGGUCGAAGUGGACUCGUUGGACGCCAAAGUUUUCCAUGGCUCUCCGGUGGCUUCAAGGGAGGCGAAGAUACCUCUGCCUCCCGCUGGUGGCGUACGCAUCCACGUGCCGGGGACCUCCUGAUUGGUUGGGUGAUGCAUCCCAACUUGACGAAAGGAAACAAACUGGAUCUUGAAGUCGACUUCAGCACAAGUACAGGCGGAAUUUGGCGCUCAAGAGCUUUGUCCUUUCAAGGUAAGUUCCACUCCAUGGUGCAGGACGCCAAGCUCACCCUCCAGGAUGACAUGACGGUGUUGAUCGGCCGCAUGGAGCACGAGACCUCCCUGGGAAUCGAAGGCACAGUCAUCUAUGAACGAAAAGAAGGAGGCAGGUUUAUCUUGCAGCCUUUACCAGAGUGUUACCUCGAGUGGUGGGCUCAGCUGAAAGCCAAGCUGAGCCCGGAAGAACCUCCCGGUUUGAUCGUCCUGAGCGAUGAUGGCUCCUUUUCAGGCGAUUCACCGGAGGACUCCAGUGACUAUCCAGACAUCACAUCCCCGGAGCAGCUGCGGAAGUUUCUGCUCCGCAAGAUCACCGGGCAAUCGAGGCCUUCAGGCAAUGGAAGCAAGAUGACCCGACGACAAGAGAUCCUCGGGAAAUUCACACUUCGACCCGAUGAGGUGAAAACCUACUUGGAUCGUUAUGUUAUUUGCCAAGAUGCUGCAAAAGAGAUGUUGUCCGUGGCAAUUUGUGAUCACUACAAUCGAGCCAAGGAAGAGCUGCAGAUCGACCUGGAUUCCUCAUCCUCCACGAAGGCGAAGAUGCUCAGCGAGUCAGGCGAGACCAAAGAGUCCAAAGAGGUCAAGGAGACAGCAGAGGACAAGACAAAGCCUGAGAAGGCCAAAGAUGGAGAUGCGCAAACAGCGGGUGAAGGAGAGUCCACCACCAUGGUCAAUUCUGAAGGGAAUGACGCAGAGUCGACCGAAGUCCAGUUUACAGAUACGGACGAGGAUGUGAUUUUGCUGAAGUUGAACGGUGACAAAGUGGUGGAAUACGUCAACGGCGAGUUGGACAUGGAAGAAGUGAAACGCUUUGACAUUGAUUUGAAUGAGAGGAAGUACCACGAUGAGUCCGGGUCGGGGCACUUCAAAGACGACGCCGACGUUUCGGCGCUGCAGCGUCGUAUCCAGGCGCUCUUCGCGCGCGCGAAGAUGCAAAUGCUGAAGCCAAAGCGGGUGAAGAACUACACGAAACCGAACAUUCUGUUGCUUGGGCCUACUGGAAGUGGCAAGACAUACUUGCUCAGAAAUCUUGCAGAUUUGAUUGGCGUCCCCUUCGUCAAAGCAGAUGCCACCAAGUUCACAGAGACUGGAUAUGUUGGUCGUGAUGCUGACGAGGUCAUGGGAGAAUUGCUCCAAGCAGCUGAUGGAGACGUUGAGCUUGCCCAGGUCGGCAUUGUCUAUGUAGACGAGAUCGACAAGGUUUGCUCUGAGGGAGAAGGACGAAGCUCUUCGUUCAGGCAAGCAACCCAAAGUACCUUCCUCAAGUUGAUGGAGGACACGGAAGUCACGGUGGGUUCGCCUGGGCCACGGAUGAUGCUGGGAGCCUUGGGUGGAGACAAAGGACAGAAGAUGUCAACCAGGCAUGUCCUGUUCGUCUUCUCCGGAGCCUUCAGCAAACUUGAUGAGAAGCUGAAAGAGGAGCACAAGCGCAACAUGAAAGGCUUCGGCUUCGCCAAGGGCGACGUUUCCGCCGACGAGACGGAGCCUGAAGAUGUGCAGUCGAUGCUCCACAAGGUCCGAAGAAUUGGUGAAAGCAGGCAUGGAACGGGAAUUCGUGGGACGGCUUCCGGUGCGAGUUGCGCUGCAAGCCUUGUCAAAAGAGGACCUGUUCCAAGUGCUCACGAAAGCCGAAGAUGGUGCCACGGCACAGCUGACAGAUGACUUCCGCCGCUAUGGCAUAGAGCUUCGAUUCUCGGAGGAGGCUUUGCACGCCGUGGCACAGAAAGCUGCGAAGGAAGGCACCGGAGCCAGAGCAUUGGUGACCAUCCUCGAGAACACCUUGCGGCGCUACAAGUACAGCAUGCCCUCGCUGGUGCCGAAAGGCUGUAAGGUCUUGGAGGUGGAACCCAAGUUGAUUGAACACCCUGAAGAAGAAUUGCAGAAAUUGCUUGACCUGAUGAGUUAUGCUGAGC